AUGAGGUGGAGUAGCCAAGACACUACAGGUAACCAAGACACUACAGGUGACCAAGACACUACAGGUAACCAAGACACUACAGGUGACCAAGACACUACAGGUGACCAAGACACUACAGGUGACCAAGACACUACAGGUGACCAAGACACUACAGGUGACCAAGACACUACAGGUGACCGAGACACUACAGGUGACCGAGACACUACAGGUGACCAAGACACUACAGGUGACCAAGACACUACAGAUGACCAAGACACUACAGGUGACCAAGACACUACAGGUGACCAAGACACUACAGGUGACCAAGACACUACAGAUGACCAAGACACUACAGGUGACCGAGACACUACAGGUGACCGAGACACUACAGGUGACCAAGACACUACAGAUGACCAAGACACUACAGGUGACCAAGUCACUACAGGUGACCAAGACACUACAGGUGACCAAGACACUACAGGUAACCAAGACACUACAGGUGACCAAGACACUACAGGUAACCAAGACACUACAGGUGACCAAGACACUACAGGUGACCAAGACACUACAGGUGACCAAGACACUACAGGUGACCAAGACACUACAGGUAACCAAGACACUACAGGUGACCAAGACACUACAGGUGACCAAGACACUACAGGUGACCAAGACACUACAGGUGACCAAGACACUACAGGUGACCAAGACACUACAGGUAACCAAGACACUACAGGUGACCAAGACACUACAGGUGACCAAGACUCUACAGGUGACCAAGACACUACAGGUGACCAAGACACUACAGGUGACCAAGACACUACAGGUGACCAAGACACUACAGGUAACCAAGACACUACAGGUGACCAAGACACUACAGGUGACCAAGACACUACAGGUGACCAAGACUCUACAGGUGACCAAGACACUACAGGUGACCAAGACACUACAGGUGACCAAGACACUACAGGUGACCAAGACUCUACAGGUGACCAAGACACUACAGGUGACCAAGACACUACAGGUGACCAAGACACUACAGGUGACCAAGACACUACAGGUGACCAAGACACUACAGGUAACCAAGACACUACAGGUGACCAAGACACUACAGGUGACCAAGUCACUACAGGUGACCAAGACACUACAGGUGACCAAGACACUACAGGUAACCAAGACACUACAGGUGACCAAGACACUACAGGUGACCAAGACACUACAGGUGACCAAGACACUACAGGUGACCAAGUCACUACAGGUGACCAAGACACUACAGGUGACCAAGACACUACAGGUGACCAAGACACUACAGGUAACCAAGACACUACAGGUGACCAAGACACUACAGGUGACCAAGACACUACAGGUGACCAAGACACUACAGGUGACCAAGACACUACAGGUGACCAAGACACUACAGGUGACCAAGACACUACAGGUGACCAAGACACUACAGGUGACCAAGACACUACAGGUGACCAAGACACUACAGGUGACCAAGACACUACAGGUGACCAAGACACUACAGGUGACCAAGACACUACAGGUGACCAAGACACUACAGGUAACCAAGACACUACAGGUGACCAAGACACUACAGGUGACCAAGACACUACAGGUGACCAAGACACUACAGGUGACCAAGACACUACAGGUAACCAAGCAUUUUCUCCCAAGGAUCUAAGCAAAAAAAAUGUUUUAGUGCGUCCAUCCUCCACUAAGAACAAUUCCGAUCCUCAACCCGCCAAAAUUUCAAGCCGUACAGCUGAGAGCAACACUUUUCACAGCUCUGUUUUCCUAAGAAUACUUUUAGCGGGAGGAAAAAUUCAACUCUGA